AUGAAUAGACAAGCCUGCAAGACAUCUGGUGGCUUCUCCGGCCGCUCCGCUGUGGUCUCCGGCAGCAGCAGGAUGAGCUGUGUGGCCCGCACCAGGGGAGCUGGUGGAGGGGCCUGCGGUGCCCGGGGUGGAGCCGGUGGCUUCGGCAGUCACAGCCUCUACAACCUGGGUGGCUCCAAGAGCAUCUCCAUGAGCGUGGCCGGCAGCUCCCGGGCUGGUGGCUUUGGGGGAGGACGUAGCAGCUGUGGUGGUGGCUUUGGGGGUGGCUUUGGAGGUGGCUUUGGUGGUGGCAGAGGAAUGGGAGGUGGCUUUGGAGGGGCUGGUGGCUUUGGAGGGGCUGGUGGUUUUGGAGGGGCUGGUGGCUUUGGAGGGGCUGGUGGUUUUGGUGGAGGUGGCUUUGGUGGCCCCGGUGGCUUUGGUGGCCCCGGUGGCUUUGGUGGCCCUGGUGGCUUUGGUGGUCCUGGUGGCUUCCCUGGCGGAAUCCAGGAAGUGACAGUCAAUCAGAGCCUCCUGCAGCCCCUCAACAUGGAGAUUGACCCCCAGAUUGGACAAGUAAAGACCCAGGAGCGGGAGCAGAUCAAGAUCCUCAACAACAAGUUCGCUUCCUUCAUUGAUAAGGUGCGGUUCCUGGAGCAGCAGAACAAGGUCCUGGAGACCAAGUGGAGCCUGCUGCAGCAGCAGACCUCAAACUCCACCUCAGGCACCAACAACCUGGAGCCCUUUUUUGAGAACUACAUCAACUCCCAAAAGAGCUACCUCGAUGGCAUCCUGGGAGAGAGGGGCCGCCUGGACUCAGAAUUGAGGAACAUGCAAGACCUGGUGGAGGACUUCAAGAGGAAAUAUGAGGAGGAAAUCAAUAGACGUACAACUGCUGAGAAUGAUUUUGUGACCCUGAAGAAGGACGUGGAUGCUGCCUACAUGAACAAGGUGGAGCUACAGGCCAAGGUGGACGCCUUAACGGAUGAGAUCAACUUCCUGAGGACGCUUUAUGAUUUGGAGCUGUCCCAGAUGCAGAGCCAUGUCAGCGACACGUCUGUGGUGCUGUCCAUGGACAACAACCGCUGUCUGGACCUGGACAGCAUCAUUGCUGAGGUCCGGGCGCAGUACGAGGAGAUCGCCGAGAGGAGCAAGGCCGAGGCUGAGGCACUGUACCAGAGCAAGCUUGGGGAGCUGCAGAGCACAGCUGGCAGCUAUGGGAAUGACCUGAAGAGCACCAAGACCGAGAUCAUGGAGCUCAACAGGAUGAUCCAGAGGCUGCAGGCCGAGAUCGAGAACGUCAAGAAGCAGAACACCAACCUUCAGGGGUCCAUCGCAGACGCUGAGCAGCGUGGGGAGAUGGCCCUCAAGGACGCCAAUGCCAAGCUCCAAGAGCUUCAGGCUGUCCUGCAGAAGACCAAGGAUGACCUGGCCCGGCUGCUGCGGGACUACCAGGAGCUGAUGAACGUGAAGCUGGCCCUGGACGUGGAGAUCGCCACCUACAGGAAGCUGCUGGAGGGCGAGGAGUGCAGGAUGUCUGGGGAGUGCCAGAGCGCUGUCAGCAUCUCCGUGGUCAACAGCGGCAGCAGCAGCUCGGCCGGCGGCUACGGAGGCGGCCUGGGCGGCGGCCUCGGCCUGGGCGGCGGCGCGGGCGGCGGCUUCGGCCGGGCCGGGGGCAGCGGCUUCGGCGGCGGUAGCGGCCUCGGCGGCGCCUGCGGGCUCGGCGGGGGCAGCGGCCUUGGCGGCGGCAGCGGCUUCGGCGGCGGCAGCAGCUUUGGAGGCGGCAGCGGCUUCGGCUCCGUCGGGGGUCGCUGUGGGGUCAGCGGCGGAGGCUUCAGCUCGAGCAGCAGCCGGAGCAGCAGCGUCAAGUUCUCCCAGUCCUCGGGGCACUGCGCCAGAUAA